AUGGCAUCAGAUGAAGACCAGUUGUUCGAUUUGCUGGAUUAUUCAGUUUUUGGAUUUAUGUUGGUCGUUUCGGCCUUGGUCGGGGUUUAUUUUGCAUUUUUUGCAAAAGAAAAGCAGAAUAAUACACAGCAGUAUCUAAUGGGAGGAAAGACUAUGGGCAUUUUUCCCAUUUCGAUGUCUCUUAUUGCCAGUUACAUUUCUGGAAUAUCUUUGCUCGGAUUACCUGCAGAAAUGUACACAUACGGUACUCAAUACUGGAUGAUUGUGUGUCCUGAAUGUUUCGUAUCUUUAACGAUGGCUUUGAUAUAUUUACCGGUGUUUUAUAAAUUACAAAUCACUUCCAGCUAUGAGUAUUUGAAACUAAGGUUUAACCAACCGGUUCGUCUGAUGGGUUCUGUGAUUUUUGUGAUAAAAAUGCUUUUGUAUAUACCGAUUGUGAUUUAUGUACCAGCUCUCGCAUUUAGUCAAGUUACAGGAAUAAAUCUGCAUUUGAUAUCGCCUAUAGUUUGCGUGGUUUGCAUUUUUUACACGACACUGGGUGGUCUAAAGGCAGUAGUAUGGACUGACACCAUCCAAACGGCGGUCAUGUUUGGUGGUGUCCUGGCGGUCAUGUUUUUGGGAACAAUUGCAGUCGGAGGGCCAUCUGUUGUUUGGGAACGCAGCUCAGCCAGCGGAAGAUUGGAGUUUUUCAAUAUGGAUUUUGAUCCAACGAUUCGUCACACUUUUUGGACUGUGGCUAUUGGAAACUACUUCAAUUGGCUGGCGACUUGUUCUGUGAACCAGGCGAUGGUGCAGAGAUGUCUGGCGAUGCCUUCGAUUAAAAAGGCUAACAUAACAAUUGCAAUUUUAGCCUGUGGCAUCCUCUCCAUAGUAUCAAUGUCAUGUUACACCGGUCUCGUCAUUUACGCAAUGUUCCAUAAUUGUGAUCCUGUCACCAACAAAGACAUCUCGAAAGCUGACCAACUUUUGCCCUAUUUUGUGAUGAAAGUGACUUCUGGGAAAAUUCCAGGACUUCCAGGACUUUUUGUCAGUGGAGUCUUCAGUGCUGCACUUAGUUCCAUGUCUACUGGAUUGAAUUCAAUGACUGGUGUGAUUUUUCAAGAUUUGAUCAAACCUAUGUACAAGAAACCGAUUACUGAGGAAAGGGCGUCUUUUAUCAUGAAGAUAAUUGUGGUGAUAAUUGGAGCAAUUUGCGUUGCUUUAGUUUUUGUUGUGGAAAAAAUGGGAACUUUGGUACAGGCUUCUAAAUCUUUAUCAGGAAUCACCACUGGAAGUUUGCUCGGAGUGUUUUCUAUGGGGAUGUUCUUUCCUUGGGCCAACUCUAAGGGUGCUCUUGCUGGUGGCAUAAGUUCUUUACUCUUCGUCGGUUGGAUUUCUUUUGGAACUCAAGCAGAAAUUGCUGCAGGAAGAAUUAAAUUACCAGUAAAACCUGUGUCGGUUGCAGGAUGCUCUGCAGAUCUAGGAAAUUUUACGGAAAUCAUGGACUUCAGUCCUGUUGGUAAUUUAACUUCUUUGGUAAUGGAUAGUGUCGUUGGUGUCAGCCAAGAACCAAUGGAACCAAUUGCCCAGGUUUUUGCCCUAUACAGACUAUCAUACCUAUACUACACCCUCGUCGGAGUCGUCACCACAAUAGUAAUCGGUUCAGCAGUUUCUUUCCUGACAGGUGGUGCAGACGCUUCCCUGAUACAUCCUGAUUUAUUCACACCAUUUGUACAAAAGUGGCUUCCAAAGUAUAAAGGACCUCCUUGUAUAAUUCCAGCGAAUGAACAAAUUGUUAUGAAUUCUGAUAAUAUUAUUAAAACUAGUAAUGGUUUGGAUUCAGCAGAGAUGCACAACAUUUCUCGAGCACCUUCAUCAAAACAUGAUUGA